AUGGGAGGCCGCCGCAAUGUGCACGCUUACAAUCAGGAUGAGAUCGACAGGCUCCAGGGUAUCCCGCUUCCCAUGAAGAUCAAGUGCGGCCGGUGCCACAAGAACCUCCCUCAAGUCAAGUACUCCACCAAGCAGCUGACCGAUGCACGACACCAAAUCAAGACCUCAAGCAAGAUCUUCAAGCCCAUCAACUGCCACAGUUGCACUGGGCAGCAGAAGGUCGAGAUCGAGUGCACCAUGUGUGGCAAGACGAAGGGCUUGGAGGAGUUCGCAAAGUCUCAGCGCGCCAAGCCCGACACUGCCAAAUGCUUCAAGUGUGUUGAGGCUCAGCUCGCUGAUGAGGCCGUCGAUGAAGACCGCUAUAUCGAACCAGAUAGGGCCUUUGUUCCGCCCGACCACUCACAGGGUCAGUUUCCCGAGUACUGGUCCGCAGCUACUAGUGAAACAUCUUCUACUUAUGGGGAUGAUGAGUGGAAGACUGUCAACGGCAUCAACCGACGAACCGAGCGCAAGGACAUUGAAGACGGAGGUAUUGCGCUGUCGGCUAGCUUCCAGAAGGCUAUGUCCAUGAACGGUGAAGCAGACGAGAGCCUCAUCGGCACUGAAUACUCCUUCCCGGCUGGCCAUGGAAACGCCAACACUGACAGCUGGAGCGAGGUCCGCACCAAGUCCUGGCACACCCAGUCCAAUGCGGCUCCUAGUGCGAGCUCAGGCUUCAACCCCAACGCCUAUCGUCGCUCGACUUCCUCCGUCACCGGCUCGUCCCACACCUUCACCUCCAGUGUGGCUGAGCGAUCUGACACUUCGGAGAUCCGCCCCAAUGGAUGGGCCAAGAUUCGUGCUGCUCCUCGAGGUCCUCCUAUGAUGCCUAUGGGUGAUACUGUCCGACAGACAGGGUCCACUGUCGAUGCUUGGGACUCGGAUGAGGAGGAAGACGAAGAAGACGAGGACGAUGAUGACAGCAUCAUGAGCGGACGACGACCUAGAGGCGCAGGCAUUCGGGGGCCGCACUCUGCCUUGACAGAUUUUCUGGCCGCGAACAACAUCUCUGCAGCAGAGAUCCGCGAUUCGUACGAACAGCGUCGUCAACAAGCCGAGCGAGACGCAGCAGAAACAGGAGAUAAUGGCGAGGGACCUUCAAAUGCCGGUGAAGAGGACGAAGAUGUCGAGGAGGACGUACAAGCCGAAUCCUCCGCAAUGGCAGCCGAGCGCACCCGCAAACGUAAGCGCAACCAAGACGAGGCCAUAGCGAAGAUCAAGAAGGGCAAGGCGGCGAAGAAGGCAUCAAAGAAGAAGAGCAAGAAGAAGGGCUCAGACGAUGAGUCCGACUUCGAAGAUGCGAUGGACAUGUACAAGAAGGCGAAGCCCCUCCCUGGUCAAUUGGAGAAUUGCGAAAUCUGCGACAAGCGAUUUACCGUCACACCAUACAGCAAAGCUGGUCCAGAUGGUGGACUCCUGUGUACACCAUGUGGAAAGGAGAUGGUCAAAGAUGCAAAGGCGGAGAAGAAGUUGGCUAAGCCAGUUGUGCGAAAGGGUCGCAGGAAGAUUGAGAGCAACCGCCUUGAUGGUAUGACACAGCGCGGACCCAAAACACUUCAACAAUUGUGUAUCGAGAAGCUCGCGAAACAUUCGGAGGACAUUGACGAGCUGGGCGAGAUGCCAGAGGGUAUCAUGAACCGAAUCAGCGAGAUCUUCUCCAAGAAGCGAGCGAUGAACUCCAACACGAUGAAGCUGUUCCUCCAGUCAGACAUGCAGUCAAUCGCAAUUCAUGAGGCAGCAUAUCUCGAGACGGAGGACUACGACCAGAUCUUUGCCGUUUGCCCAAAUGUCAAGCGUCUGUCGCUGCGCAACUGCUGUCAGUUCAAGGAUAGCAACAUCGACUACAUGAACGAGAAGGCGAAGGCACUCGAAGAGAUUCAGCUGCUAGGAGCCAACCUCGUCUCCAACGACAAAUGGAUUGAACUCUUCAUUGCUAGGGGCCAAGAUCUCAAGUCGCUGAAAGUUGAGUGGUUAGACGCCGCGUUCGACGACCAAGUAGUUGAGGCACUUUCCACCUUCUGCCCCAACCUUGAACGCCUCAAGAUUGAGCGCUGCAAGAAGAUCGGCCCGGACAGUAUCGACGCCAUUGCUCACUUGAAGCGCCUGAAACACCUCACACUCCGCUUCUACGACCCCAUCACCCGCGAGAAGCUCGUCCAUCUAGUCGACUCAGUUGGCGACAACCUCCGCACCCUCUGCCUAGAGCACUUCCUGGACAACACAACAGAGCCUACCGAUGACGUUCUCGAAGCCAUCCACAACAAGUGUCACUAUCUCAGCAAGUUCCGCUUCACAGAGAACAACGAAUGCACCGACGCUGGCUACGUGAAACUCUUCACCAACUGGACCAACCCACCGCUCCACUACAUCGACGUCAACUCAACCCGCGACCUAGACAACACAAACCCCGACGGACCCGAAGACGAGCCUAUCGGCCUCGGGUCCAACGGUUUCCGCGCCCUAAUGGCCCAUUCGGGCUCGCGCCUCGAAUUCCUAGACAUAUCCUCCUGCCGCCACAUCUCGCACGCUACCUUUACAGAAAUCUUCGACGGCAAGAAGGAAUAUCCUCAUAUCCGCGAGAUCAACCUCUCCUUCUGUCCCGUCGUCGAUACGGAGAUUGUAGCUGGUGUCUUCCGGUCGUGUCCCGCUAUCAAGAAGGUAGUCACGUUUGGUUGCUUCCAGGUCGCUGACGUGGUGGUGCCGAGGGGUAUCGUCUUGAUCGGAGCGCCGAGGGCACAGGAUCAGAUUGAGCAGUUUGGUGAGGUGGUGUUGGAUUAUCAGAGGGAGAAUGAGCAGAGUAUCGGGCAUAUGCGUGCUAUGGGGCGUAUCGUUCCUGUCGUGGGAUAG